AUGUCAUACUACUUCACAAUCCUCUCCGCCACGGACGUCCCACUCUUCAGCCUGACAUUCGGCACCUCCAAAGCAGGCGGUGAUGGGGUCGCACGCUUCCGAUUCCCUGAUUCUGCGCAAUACAUGAAUCAAUUUAUUGUCCAUGCUAGUUUGGAUAUUGUCGAAGAGACGCAAUGGACAAAUGGGGCUCUCUACCUCAAACACAUCGACACCUACCCCCCAACCGCAUCAUAUAUAUCUGCCUUCCUCACCCCCUCUGGCACGCGAUUCAUUCUCCUCCACCAGCCACCCCAACUCCCUUCAUCAUCUAGUGCUGGUGCUGGUGCACACGGCAUAUCAUCAUCCACGUCCUCACUAGCCAGCACACUAGGCGCCGCAGCAACGUCACGCGCAACCUCAAGUUCUAUCGCUGCAAAUCCUACAUCCCCACAAACGGAGGAAGCGAUUAGACAGUUUAUGACUGAAGUAUACGAAAAUUGGGUCAAGACUGUUAUGAGUCCGUUUUAUAGGCAGGGGAUGCAGAUUACGAGUCCGGUUUUUAGGGCGAGGGUUACGGCGGCGGGGAGGAAGUGGUUAUAA